UCGGAAACCAGUCUGAUAAAAAUCCGUCAGCAAAAUGACAGCAUUUGAGGAAAUGGGAGUGAUGCGAGAAAUUGCCCGGGCAGUCGAGGACAUGGAUUGGAGCUUGCCUACAGAUGUGCAGUCAGAGGCAAUUCCAAUGAUCCUUGGAGGCGGGGAUGUCCUCAUGGCUGCAGAGACUGGCAGUGGUAAGACAGGAGCCUUCUGUUUGCCCAUCCUACAGACCGUGUUUGAGACGCUGAAGGACCUACAGGAAGGAAAAAGCAGUAAGAUGCCCACCAAACAUAAGGGGAGCUCCUCCUGGAAGAUGAGUGUGUACGACAGGGGCGACGCUAUGUCUAUUGACCCUGAUGGUUUGCUGUGUCAGAGCCGAGACCAGCAGAAAUGGCAUGGCACCAGGUCCAAUAAGGCUGUAGUAGGGCAAGGAAAGUACUACUAUGAAGCCACAGUGACGGACGAGGGCUUGUGUCGUGUAGGCUGGUCCACCGACAAGGCUUCUCUCGAUCUCGGCACAGAUAAGUGGGGAUAUGGCUUUGGAGGCACGGGCAAGAAAUCGUAUGGCAAACAGUUUGAUUCUUAUGGCGAGGCUUUUGGCAUCAAUGACACCAUUGGCUGCUACCUUGACCUACAGAAGGAUGAAAUCAAGUGGUCAAAGAAUGGAAUCGACUUUGGCAAAGCAUACGAUAUUCCAGGCCACAUGAGAAAUGAGAAGUUCUUUGCAGCUGUUGUUUUAAAGAAUGCAGAGAUGAGCUUCAACUUCGGAACAACUCCGUUCAAGUUCAAUCCGCCCCAGGGAUUUACCGCUCUGUUCAAGGCGCCCAAAGAUAGCACAGUGGAGUCCAAGAUUGCGGGCGGUGGGGCUGCGACUGCCAAGCCUGCUCCUAAUGCCCCACAGGCCAUCAUAAUUGAACCAUCCAGAGAGCUAGCAGAACAGACCCUUACUCAAAUCCAGAAGUUCAAAACCCAUUUAGAAAAUCCAGUGCCGAGGGAGCUGCUGAUUGUUGGAGGGGUAAAUGUGAAAGACCAAGUGGAUGUACUCACUAAAGGGGUGGAUAUUGUGUGUGGGACACCGGGACGCUUGGAGGACUUGAUUUCCACUGGAAAACUAUUGCUCUCAGCUUGCAGAUUCUUCGUUCUGGAUGAAGCUGAUGGUUUGCUGAGUCAAGGGUACGGCGAUCUUAUAAACCGGCUCCACGCACAGAUACCAAAGGUGACCAAUGAUGGCAAACGUCUUCAGAUGGUUGUGUGCUCCGCAACUCUCCACUCAUUCGACGUCAAGAAGAUGGCUGAGAGACUCAUGUAUUUCCCAACAUGGAUUGAUCUGAAAGGCCAAGACUCUGUACCAGAGACGGUACAUCACUGUGUUUGCAUGGUUGACCCAUUGAAAGACACUCGGUGGAAAGAUCUGCGCCAGCACGUAGAGACCGAUGGGGUACAUUCUGAGGACAAAAUACAGCCCCAUGGAACCACUCAGGAGACCUACUCAGAGGCAGUAAAGAUUCUUAAGGGCGAAUAUACAGUCAAAGCAAUAGAGGAGCACAAUAUGGACCGGGCACUUAUCUUCUGUCGGACAAAAAUUGACUGUGACAACAUGGAAAAAUAUCUCAGACAAAGGGGACAAGGAAAGUUUUCGUGUGUUUGUCUCCAUGGUGACCGGAAACCCCAAGAAAGGAAGGACAAUCUACAGAAGUUUAAGGAUGGCAAAGUGAAGUUCUUGAUUUGUACAGAUGUUGCUGCCAGAGGCAUAGAUGUAUCAGGGGUUCCCUUUGUGAUUAAUGUGACAUUACCCGAUGAGAAACAGAACUACAUCCAUCGAAUUGGGCGCGUUGGGCGUGCAGAAAGAAUGGGUCUAGCGUUUUCCCUGGUUGCAGCAGUAAAAGAAAAGGUGUGGUACCAUUCUAACUGCACAAACAGAGGCCGGGGAUGUUACAACACAAAAUUGACAGACCGUGGAGGAUGCUGUAUAUGGUACAAUGAACCACAGCUUUUAAGUGAUGUGGAGGAGCAUCUUGAUAUCACCAUCGACAAGGUGGAACCGGAAAUGAAGGUCCCCAUCAAUGAGUUCGAUGGAAAGGUCACUUACGGACAGAAACGAGCAGGGGCCGGGAGUGGAUACAAGGGUCAUGUAGAGACACUGGCCCCUGCUGUCAUGGAACUGGCCAAACUGGAAAAAAGAGUGCAGACUUCCUUUAUUGACCUCAAGUACAAGAAGAAAUUCUGUGUGAGAUAAGACUGCAGCCUUUUAAGUAUGGAAAUGCUUGUGCUAUGGUGUACAACUAUUGGCGUGUACAAAGGCUUUGUAGCUAAUGUACGUUAUACAGUGCGUCACCACGAGUGUUUGUUGGUGUAAAAGAAGGUUCGUGACACAUCUUUGCAUGACAGCAAAAAGUGUUGUUGAGAUUCACUUUCUAAGGAAAUAACUGACUGUUGCAAAAUGUGACACAAAUCCUCUGAUAAUAUGGCAAUGCAUUGAGCUGUGAAAUUGUCAUAAAUGACGCUGUUUUCGUUUGGUUUAGAUAUCCAAUUUCUGUUGCAAUUUGAGUUUAUUGAUUGUGGAGGUUUUAUUUUCAGGGUUUGUUUAAUUUAUCACCAUUAUUUUUUGCCAUUACUUUUGCUUUUGGAGAUGAAAAAGUUGUAUGAAGCCUAUUAGUAGUAAUAAAGCAAGAACACGA